GAACAGCACAGUUGGUCUUCUAUUGUGCGAAGAAAUGCAGAUAGGCAUCAACGUUGUGUAUCCUUGUGCGAUGCUGUUGAUCCAUUAGAUUACGAGGAAUUUAUUCAGCAACAUCAACUUCUUAUAGAUCGAGAUCCACUACAUGACGUCCUGGAUUUUCCACAAAAUGACAUUGAGGUUGUGGUAUUACCUCGCAAAAUUCGAACUGCAGACCCUGUUGUACCUGAAGAACCAUUAGAGCAGUGGUCUUCGCAUGUGCGUGACUGCGUGCAAUGUUAUACUGCUGACUGGGUUGUAGUGAAACACAAUUAUCGCCAGCAUUCUAGCAGCUGCUGGAUAAGGGAUCAAAGUGGAGAAAGAUUGACACUUGUGCAGGCUAUUCCUCGACAGGAAUUUGAAGUUGACAAUGAGCAACCUGUUACGAAUUUCUCUCCUGAUGACGAAUCGUACAGGCUUGAAUCGGGCAUUUCAACAUCACGCCAAUCCGUGCAUUCGGUGGAUACUCCAAGAGGAAGUUGGGCAAGUUUUGACCUUCGAAAUUCUGUCAGUGAUAUGCUGAUACCCUCUCUCUUGGAGCGUGUACCUCCAGAGACAAUUGAUCAGUUGAAUGAAGCCAGACGUCUCGAAGACAGACAGAAUGCCCUUUUCUCAUUGUAUCCUAUGCAAGAUGAAGAAGAAAUUAUUGAAAGGAGAAUUCCGGCUGAAAUUCCUAGUGAAAAUAUGGGCCACAGAAUUUUGGUGAAGUGCCUUCAACUCAAGCUGGAUUUAGAAGUGGAACCUAUAUUUGCUUCAUUGGCCUUGUAUGAUGCCAAAGAAAAGAAGAAAUUAUCAGAAAACUUCUAUUUUGAUAUGAAUGCUGAGGGCCUUAAGCGAAUGUUGACUUCUCAUAUUCCCUACAGCGAUAUCAGUACUUUGAGUAGGUCUUGUAUAUUUGACAUUACAUUUCCAUCAUCAGAUUUAUUUUUAGUGAUUCGCUUGGAGAAAGUUUUGCAAGGGGACAUAAAUGAUUGUGCUGAACCAUAUAUGAAGGAUGAUAAGAAUAAAGACAAAAUAAAAGCCAACGCUGUGGCAGCAUGUGAGCGACUUGGUAAAUAUCGAAUGCCAUUUGCAUGGACAGCAAUCUAUGUGAUGAGCAUCAUCAACGGAGUCAGUAGCUUAGAGAGAGACUCUGGAAGUGAGAAGGAAAGCACUAGCUCAUACAGUUUGGAUCGUAAAUCCAGUAGCAGUAGUUUCGAUCAGUUCCGGAGGAAGGCCUCUGACAUGGGAUCUUUGACUCGAAGAGGGUCUUUGGAAAGAAGAAAUGCAUCAGAAAAACGGCGCAGCUGGUCUCCUGAGGAUUUCAGUUCAAGCCUUGAUACAUUUCGCCCCGUGACGUUGACAGUUCAGAGCUUCUUCAAACAGGAAAGUGACAGACUUCGAGAUGAAGAUUUGUAUAAAUUUCUUCAAGAUCUGAAGCGCCCGUGCUCUAUAAUGAAGAAGUUGAAAUGCAUUCCAGGAACUCUGAAACUAGACAUAUCUCCUUGCCCUGAGGAAUACAAAUACAGUUUGACCCCUGAAUUGUCAAAAUUGAAACCAUAUCCUGAUGAGAAAGGUCGACCCACAAAAGAAAUUCUGGAGUUUCCUGCCAGAGAAGUGUUCGUGCCUCACUACUCUUACAGAAAUUUGCUGUAUGUAUAUCCCAAGGAUUUGAAUUUUGCUAGUAGGCCAGGCUCUGCACGCAAUAUUGCUGUGAAAGUGCAGUUGAUGUCAGGGGAGGAAGAGCAUCACGCCCUACCUUUCAUUUUUGGAAAAUCAUCUUGCCCAGAAUACACUACUGAAGCGUACACAUCUCUGCCAGCAAAUUUGGGAGAUCAGCAUCAUCUCCUCUUUACUUUUUAUCAUAUCAGUUGUCAACGGAAAGUAGAACAACCUGUUGCAGAAACUCCAGUUGGAUACACAUGGCUUCCUCUGCUUCAUGAAGGGCGCUUACAAGUGGGCGAAAUGUGUCUUCCAGUAAUGAUGGAACGUCCCCCUCCAAAUUACUCUUACAUUCCAACAGAAGUGAUGUUACCAGGCACCAAGUGGGUGGAUAAUCAUAAGGGAAUAUUUGUUGUAAUGCUGGAUGCAUUUUCAUCCGUUCAUACUCAGGAUAAAUAUCUUGACAGAUUUCUCAAUUUGUGUACUAUUCUUGAAGAAGGCUCUAUUCCUCCUCGGCUUGGAGACAUUGAGACUGAAUUACGCAACAGUAUUUCAGAGCUUGCACUUGCAAAAUCUGAACCACUGGUCAAAUUUCUUCCAUUAAUCAUCAAUAAGUUAUUGUUGUUAAUAGUGAAACCUCCUUCUGUUACUGGUCAAAUCUUAAACAUUGGACAAACAUCAUUUGAAGCCCUGGCUAUGCUUGUCAACAAUGUUGUGGCACUGCCAGAAGGUCAUCAUGACCAGAAUGGACGUCACAGCUUAUUGACUACUUACAUUACUUUCCAAUGUAGUUUGCCUCAUCCUUUUGGAAACCAGCCAUCUGGUUAUUCACCGCCACAGAGCCCGUCUGGCUUUGCACCAAGACCACUUUCUCUACCUCCGCAGAGAAACAGGCACUUAAGCAGGAGCAGUAGCAACCCUGAUGUACAUGCACAAAUGGCUGAUGAAGAGGAAGUGAAUGUUGGCAGUUCUCGGGGUCUAGAUCGCACUUCCAGUGUUCGGAAUGGACCAGGUCAAGAUAACUUCAUGUACAUCUCAGCAAACUCUCCUCCUUUGAAAAUUGUUCAUGAAGAGUUGGCUUUGCAGUGGGUUGUUUCAAAUGGAUCAGCUAGAGAUCAUGCUAUUGCUAACUCAUGGUUCUUCUUUGAGUUGAUUUACAAAAGCAUGGUUGAGCAUCUAGCUACUACCCAGAGUGUGGAUGCUCCUAGAAAGAUGCGCUUCUCUGAGCAAUUUACUGAUGAUGUGACUACAUUGGUAACAACCAUUACAUCUGAUGUUAUCUCAAGAUGCAAUAAGGAUGCCAAACCCACGCAAAGUCUCAAUUCAAGUUUGGCCUUUUUCCUUUAUGAUUUGUUGUCUGUAAUGGAUCGUGGAUAUGUGUUCACUCUCAUAAAAAAUUAUUGUAAGCAAAUGUCUGCCAAAAUAUCGUCAUUACCAGAUGCUGUAAAUCUGAUCAGUUUGAAGUUAGAUUUUCUACGUAUUGUGUGUAGUCAUGAACAUUUUGUUGCACUGAACUUGCCCUUUGGAACACCUUUCACACCAAGUUCAGCUCCAUCGUCUCCAAAUCCAUCAAUUGCAUCUUCUGCUAGUCAGUCAUCAUUCCUUUCUACCUUGGUUGGAGGAGAUAAAAUGAGCUUUGCUGAAUUGUCCCCAGAGUUUAGACAACAACAUUUUCUAGUUGGCCUUGUUCUGAGUGAUUUGGCUACUGUUUUGGAGAUGCAGAAUCCUGGUCUUCAUUCCAAAGUUGUCAAUAUAAUUAGGAAUUUGAUGACUUGCCACGAUUGUGAUCCUAGAUACACAGAACCUGAUUGUAAAGCUAGAGUGGCAGCAUUGUACUUGCCCUUGCUUGGAAUUGUAAUGGAUGCUCUACCGCAAUUGCAUGGCUGCCAGCUUGAAACUAGAGGUCGUAUGCUUCUCCCAGGCAUAGACAACUUGGAGACUCAGAAUGCCGUAGACCAGCAUGCUAUAAACAUGGCUAUUGCGGGUUCUGGCAUUUAUAGUGUAAAACCACCUGAACAAUCAAUGCCAUUCCAACAGAGCUGGAAGUGUGCUUUAAGUAGCGAGACCACACGUAAUCUCUUAAUUUGUUUCCUCUGGGUUAUUAAAAAUGUUAAUAACAAUCUUUUGAAACAUUGGUGGAUGGAACUUUCAUCUCAGAGAUUACAGCAGUUGUUGGAAGUUCUUAAUAUAUGCAUUUCAUGUUUUGAAUACAAAGGAAAGAAAUCUAUCAAAAGGUGCUCACAACAGAUUUUCCGGAAAACUACAGAUAUCAAAUCGCGAUUGGAAGAUGUAAUUUUAGGUCAAGGAUCAGCUCGUAGUGAAAUGAUGAUGAGACGUAAAGACAGGAACCCUCCCUCCCCAGGCUGGCCAGGGGACAGGUUACGAUGGCGCAAAGAGCAAAUGGCAUAUCGUCCUACCUCUGAUAUGCCAGAGCGUCCUCGGGCUGAGGUGGAGACUGAUGCUCACAUUGAGGGCAACCUCGCGACUGAAGCCAGUUUUAUCAUCUUGGAUACUCUUGAAAGGAUUGUUCAGGUUGCUUCUCAAGCAGAUAACUUGCAAGGGCUCUUAGGUGUUGUACUGAAAGUUUUGCUUCAUGCCCUUGCUCGAAACCAGAGCACGUGUGUGUUACAGAACAUGUUUGCAACUCAACGUUCAAUUGUUUUCAAGUUUCCUAAUCUUCUUUUUGAUGAAGAAACAGAGCAAUGUGCGGACCUCUGCCUCCGUCUCCUGAAGCAUUGCAGUUCCAAUAUGGCAGAUGUUCGAUCUCAAGCUUCUGGCUCACUCUACCUGCUCAUGCGACAGAAUUUUGAAAUAGGAAAUAAUUUUGCUCGAGUUAAAAUGCAAGUUACAAUGUCUCUUAGUUCAUUAGUAGGAACUAGCCAGUCAGUGAGUGAGGAAUCUUUACGCCGAUCUUUAAAGACUAUUUUAGUUUAUGCUGAAGAAGAUACAGAAUUACAAGACACAACAUUCCCAGAACAGGUGAAAGAUUUGGUCUUCAAUCUACACAUGAUUUUAUCCGAUACAGUAAAAAUGAAAGAGUUUCAGGAAGACCCUGAAAUGCUUCUUGAUUUAAUGUAUCGAAUUGCCAAAGGUUAUCAGAAUUCUCCUAAUUUGAGGUUAACAUGGCUUGCUAAUAUGGCUCAAAAACAUAUGGAGCGAAAUAAUCACACAGAAGCAGCUAUGUGUCUGGUGCACAGUGCUGCUUUGGUGGCUGAGUACUUGCAUAUGCUGGAGGAUCAGCCGCAUCUCCCCAUAGGAGCAGUAGGCCUUGAGACCAUUACUCCAAAUGUGCUGGAAGAGAGUGCUGUGUCAGAUGAUGUGCUUAGUCCCGAGGAAGAGGGUGUCUGUUUGGGCAAGGAUUUCACAGAGAGUGGGCUUGUGGGUCUCUUAGAACAUGCUGCAAGUUCUUUUCUUACGGCUGGGAUGUAUGAGGCUGUGAAUGAUGUUUACAAAAUUCUUAUACCAAUUGCAGAAGCAAAUAGAGAUUACAAAAAACUUUCCAAUAUACAUAGUAAACUUCAUGAUGCAUUUACGAGAGUUGAUCAACUACAAGGGAAACGAGUAUUUGGAACCUAUUUUCGAGUGGGUUUUUAUGGUGCAAAGUUUGGUGAUUUGAAUGGAGAAGAGUUCAUUUAUAAAGAACCAACAUUAACUAAGUUACCGGAAAUAUUCAGCCGUCUGGAGAUUUUUUAUGCUGAAAGAUUUGGAUCAGAAAACAUAGUAAUUAUCAAAGAUUCUAAAUCUGUUGAUCCAGCCAAUCUUGAUCCAGAGAAGGCAUACAUUCAAAUUACAUAUGUUGAACCAUUUUUUGAAGCAUAUGAAGCUCGCCAUAGGUUAACAUACUUCGACAGAAAUUUUAAUAUAAAGCGUUUUGUGUAUGCCACACCCUUUACACCUCGUGGAAGGGCUCAUGGAGAGUUACAUGAGCAGUAUAAGCGGAAGACAAUACUGACUACUGCUAACCAUUUUCCAUAUAUCAAAACACGAAUACAAGUUGUUGAUAGAAAGCAGAUUGUUUUGACUCCAAUUGAAGUUGCCAUCGAAGACAUUCAAAAGAAGACGAUGGAGUUAGCACAGGCAACUCAUCAAGAGCCUCCUGAUCCAAAGAUCUUGCAAAUGGUUUUGCAGGGAUGCAUAGGAACCACUGUGAAUCAGGGACCAAUGGAAAUAGCACAUGUUUUUCUCUCAGAUUUAUCAAAUGGACAAAAGAUUCCAACGAAAUUGCAAAACAAACUGAGACUAUGUUUUAAGGAUUUCUCCAAAAAAUGUUCUGAUGCUCUUAAAAAGAAUAAAAAUUUGAUUGGAUCUGACCAGAGAGAUUAUCAACGUGAACUGGAGAGGAAUUACCAACGCUUUACAGAACGAUUAAUGCCUCUUAUUACAAUUAGAAAUGAGAGGCAGCCUUAUGCUAAGAAGUGAGAAGACUGAGUUUUCACUUAGAUACACUGAUAUUUUUUAAAUAUAUUCAGAGACAAAUGCAUUUUUGUAAUAAAAACUAUUCAAGUGUAUAAACAUUUUUUUUCAUUGCCCUUCUGUGACAAAAUGAUACAUCAAAUGGAUUCCACAGAAUGAUUUGCAGUGCCAUCUUUCAGUGCUCUUUAGAUUCUUUUUCUUUUUUGUCUCUUUUUGUCGUCUUUAAUAUUCAUUGUGCAAAAUUAAGCCUUAUUUUGUAUAAAAUGUUUCGAUAUUAGUCUUACUCGCUUGUCUCUGUAUAUUUCAUUGUCAUUACUUUGAUACAUUGAAGAAUUACAGCUUUCAAAAAAAUUCUCUAAUGCAGUAGAAUGAAUUUGAAGUUGCAGGUGCUGAGAAUUCUUUUGGAAUACAUUUGGCACUAUAAUGUUUUGUCAGUGGAUGUUAAAAUUCAAGAAAUUCACAGACGCUAGUGGUAGUCUGUAUUGCUGUAAACCCUCAGAGGGAACAUUAAGUAAUAUAUUUUGUGGGUGGGGGUAAAAUAUUGUUAAAGGUACAAUGGGAAACGCUUAAUCUCUUGCCAACUUGGUUUUUAUCAAAUUCAUAUUUUGAUGACUUUAAUGUCUGUUUUAGUAAUAAGAUAAUGGAUACUUUAUUUAUCUUAUUUACCAAGUCACCAAUCCUUAUGAGAUUUAAAACAUUGAAAAACUGAAUUUCUUACAUUAAAAACGAGUGAUAUUUAUUCAUGAUUUAGUGAUGUAUGUCACAUAAUACUAAAAAUCUUUUUGAAAAUCAUGCUUUGUUUAGAAAUACAAUUUAGUUGCCAGGUCAUGUCUUUUUUUUUCCAGUAUUGUAAUUCAUCAAAAUAGUUAUUUGUGUAAACAUACCUUGUGGAAAUCAAAAUUUCUGCCCACGUUUAAAGUGCAAUCAUGAUUUCUUUACAUAAUUAUAGUACAAACAUUAUUGAAGGUGAUAUUAAUAUGACAUUGAUGCAAUUUUAUACUUUUUGGGUAACAUCGGAUCCAAGCCCGGACAUUUUCAAAGCCCUGUCUGCUUGCAAAAUUUAGAAAUCAUAAAAUUGAAUAUUUCUUCAUUCAUUACAGCAAUCUACAAAGCUGGCAACUUUUGUUAUUGUUGUUAUAAUGUCAUGUGGUUUUUGUUUUCUAUGUCAAAUGCUCCUUUAUGAUAUUUCAAGACUUAAGAAAUUAUAUACAUACUACAGACAUGAAGAUAAAUUCCAGUGAAUAAAAAUUUAUGUUAAAAAUUAAAAUUAACAUAAAAAGUAGUAAUAAUAUUUUUUGAACAUUGGGAGUUGGUUUUGAAGAGAGAAGCAAAACAAAUGGUUUCUAUUAAGAUAGUUGAAUUUCGUACUAUAUUUGUUGGUUUAUGUUUCAUUUUGAUUUUCUACUGUUUCUCCUCUUAUUUUGUAAUAUUAGAGUACUAGCCUGGGUUAUAUUUUUGUUCGAACUUAUUCUUCUGUACGAUUUCCUAAAUUUGAACUGAACAGUAUCAUGCUUUUGUGUAGAUGUCCUUGUCAAAAUGUGAGAAUUUUUUUAGCUUGGCUACUUGUAUCUGUUAUUUCAACAUUUUCUCCUAUUCAAUUUCAGCCCUGUUUGAAAAACGUGCUGAGCUUUAAAUUUUUUUAACUUAAUUUUUAGGUGAUUCUCUAAAGCUAUAUCCUGAAUAGAAGUUGUUUUAACUUUUUUUUUAGCAUUGAUAAAAAAUAGUCCAAGAAAUGAAAAUGAAUUCAUUUCUAAAUAUUCAAUAAUCACUUUAAAUAAAAAAUGUGAUGACUGCAUUAAUACUUGCAUGUUUCAAAAAUAUUUACUUUCUUUCAAAUAAAUUUUAAAUUUUCCCAUGUUGUACAGUAAUGAAUGGAUCCUCAAAUUUCAAGUUUUCAAAUGUAAUUUUUAUUUCAGGUUAUGUGAGUGGGCAGAAAAGUAAACUGCAUUAGUUUAAAUUUGUUAUAUUGAUCUAAUGUUUUAAUUGACCAGUAAAAGGGAUUUAGCAAUGUCCAAAGUUGUUGCAUUGACUACAAAAUAGUCUACUCACUUUUUUGUUGCAGUUCGUUCCUCUAUAUUUUGAAAUGAAUGCUAGUAAUAUAUGUAUUUAAUUAUAUUGUAAUUCCCAAUUUCUUAGAAGCUCUCCUCCAGUACUUUCUUAACAUAUCAUUUUAACGUUUAAAAGCAACAGAAAUUUAAGAAAUGUGCAAUAUAUGAAAUACCCAUAUCUCACAUCUUAUUAAAUUAGAAAUGUCUAUUCUUCUGAUCAAUGAAUUUUGCCUUUUUUGACAUCUCAAAACAUUUAUUUUCAGAAACAAGCGAUUUUUUGAAUGUUUUGAUAUUCAUUACACUGGUUGUAUCUAAUACAAGAGAAUCUCCUUCCUGAUAUAAGCAUCUUAUUUUUGCUGUUUUUGUCAAAAACCAAAGAUUUCUUUCUGUGAUUGUUUCCCCAUAAAGGGCUCUUCUAGUGAAUGAUGUAUGUGGUACAAAUGACCAACAUAUUAAAUUUACAUUAAAGCAAAUGUGAUUUUCUUGAAUUAUUGAAGAUAACUUAUAUUUGUUAAUUAAACAGUAUAUAUUUUGUAUGCAUAUACUGAAGUUAGAAUUGACAAAUCUUUGGUUACUGUUUUUCUCCAUUUAUUCUUGAUGGCCUGUGUAUUUUCUGAUACUCAGUGCACUUAGUCUGCCAAGUCUUGAAUUGAUGGUGAAAAGUUCAAUUGUUUCAUCAAAGUGUUUAGUUAUUUGUGUCUUGUUUAUAAAAUUACAAGGAAUUUUUGUAUGGUAGUUUGAGUGUUGGGAUAUCUUAUUCCAUAAAGAGUAUAAAUAUUAAUAUGGUUAAAAAACACUUCAUGUAAGUAUAUCCCACCCUUGUUAAACUACUUUUCUGUGUUUUAUAAUAUUGACUGUAAUUAUUAAUUAGUAAGUAUAUUCCGUAUAUAAUAGAUGGCCUGGAAUUUAAAACGAAACAGAAAUUAAAAAAUUGGUUGACAUUUAUUUGUAUGUCAUAAAUAAAACGCAAUGUUUCGAAAGUACUUGUUCUUUCAUAAUCAGGCUCUAUAACAAAGAAAAGACAUAAUAGUGACUAAUAGAACAACAAAAAAAUAAGAGUACAAUUGACAAAAUGGAUGCAUACAUAGGUAAAGAGAAAAAGUUACAGUGAGUGUCAUUGACAUAUAAGAAAAUCAACCAGAAUACUGAGGAUAAUGAAGUUAAUCAUGAAUGUUAUAAUCAUUAGUUCCAAAAUAAGACAAUGAAAUAGCCAGUGUAUGUUGGCAACAUGGAAUUGUGGUAAUAACAUGAAAUUAAGACAUUCUCAGUCAUUUAAUAAAUUACGAUAGCAGAUGAAGAACAAUUAAAACUUUAAAAUUACAUAGUUUACUUCAAAAAGCUUUAAAAUAUUUUGUCAAUUUUACUCUUUUUCUUUGUGGUUCCCUCCUCCCCUCAUGUUCCAUUAGUCACUAUUUUGUCUUUCCUUUGUUAGAAAGCCUGAUGAUGAAAGAACGAGUAUUUUCAAAACAUUUCAAAGCAUUUUAUUUAUGACAAAUGUUAAACAACUUUUAAAUUUUUGUUUUGUUUUAAUUUCCCAGCUGUCUAUAAUAUUCAGAACAAACUUACUAAUUAGUACUCUUAAAUUCACAAAAUUUGAAGUAUUUUUAGGCUUUGAAUAAAUAAUUUGUUUGGAAAAAAUUGCCAUUGCCUUAGUUCUCAUGUAUUUUAUUAGUAAAAAUUAAGUAGUCUUUUAAGUAAGAAAUGCAAAUUGAUCUUAACAUUUUACAAGAAAGGUAAUCUUGUUAGUUGUUCAUCAUUUCACAUUCAUUUUAUCUUCUGAAUUGUAAGUGUUCUAAAUUACGACUCUUCUUAGAUUUUCUACAAUCCAUAAUUCAGAAUUGGUUUAAAAAUGCUAAACUUAACAAUUCAACACAUCAAUUUGAGACACUUUUUAAGUGGUGCUUUGUGUGCUGUUCCAUUUACUAGAAGACUGGUAAUAUUAUUAGUAGUAACUAAUGGUGAAGCCUUUAAUGGAAUUACAUUACAUUACAUACAUUAAUUUGUUGUAAGUUUGAACAACCCUUUGCUUCCUUGGUGGAAACCAUUUACAAAUACUUGAAUUCUGAAGUAGUACAUGAAGGGUUUUAACAAUGAAUUACCUUUGUUAUGUUUUAGAAUAAAGAUAUCAAUUCUAAUAUUUUCACUUUUCUAGAGAUAAAAGGAAUAUGAAAUGAUUGUAACAUGCUGUGAUGUUUCUUAACAUUUUGUUUCACAUUGUAUUCACUGAAGUAUUGUUGCAUAUACAUACUUCUGUUGAACAGUACUUUGUAAUCUAAUUUAGCUAACAAUAUGUCAUUACUUUGGUUUUGUAUUGUUUAUACAUAUAGUCAAAUAAUGUGAAAUUGGUGUUGUUAUGUAUACAUUCUGUAUAACCUUAAUUUGUGUAAAUGUGCUGCUUUUGCAGUCUUAUGAGCAUAGUAGAGGCACAAUUUUGUGUCAUAUCAUUCCCAACUCGCUGUACUUUAUGACAAAAAGUCAGUGUGAUCAUGACAGCAUUAUGUAAUGUAGAUGUCUUCUUUUGCUUUUAUUUAUUGAAAACCAUUACAUUUAUUUCAUUAAUGAAUUCUCUAUGGUACUUUUUCUGUGCUUCUGAAAAAAAAUAGGGUUACGCUCAUGCAAGGAAACCAAACAUGAGCCUUAUCUUGUUUGAUCUGUUAAGUGUGUACUGUGAGAACUUAGCACAUAUACCAUUUCAUGUUUUGAUAAGAAGACUUUAAUGAAAAAUGUGAAAUUCUGUAUUUUGUCUACUUGUAUAUUUCCUAGUGAUUUUAAUUUCAUCAAGGGCUCAUUGCUGUUAGAAAAUAUCUGGGCAUGUAACUACUAUAAAAUCAUCUCGCACCAUAGCUACAAUACAUGUGCCUCAUUUUCAAAUUUCUGACAUAACUUCCUAUAAGAAGAAAUAAGAAACACUCUGCAGUAAUAUUAUUUGCAGUCUCAAGAUAGGAAUUACAGUUUACAUAAGCUUUGUAUUUUAUGUUAUUUUGUGAAGUGAGUUUCUCUCAAAAAUGUAAAAUUUUUCCAGAUUAUUUAUAUUUAAAUUAAAUACAUUUAUUUGUAGUUCUUUUGAAAUUGUACCUAGUGAUUUAAUUUUGUUGUGGCUAUUUGACCAAUAUUCUACUGCCUUGUCUCAAUUAGAAAUUUGCAGAAAAAAUACAAAUGUGGCUUUGCAAAGUCAUUUUCCUUAGAUAUCAGUAUUUUUAAUUUACAUUGAGUGUCUGUGAAAUUAUUAUGUUUCUUGUAAUAUAGCAGAUGUAUAACAUUUAUCAGAUAACACAUUUGCAAUAAUUGUAUCUAACAAAAUAGAUGCAAAAGAACGUGUUACUGUGUUUGACUAUUAAGGUUGAGAGAUGUUGCUGUGCCAAGAAAGAGGAGCUGCUCUUUCAAUGAAAUAGUGUUAAAUGAUUUCUGAUAUUUGACAACCACUUUGUAAAGCAUUUGUAUUUAUACAUAAAUAUGUCAAAAAUGAGAAGUGUCUUAUUUCAUAGACAAAAAUGGUCUUUUCUACUAGUCAUUAGAACUUACUUAUUACCUUGAUGUUCUAUGUUAACUGUUAGUGUAUAAAUAUAAGAUGAAAAAGGAAAUAUUUUUCUGGUCUGAAUUUUUAUGAAAGAUUGUCUUUUAAAAUAUUUGAACUUCAUUCUGUUACUUUUAUUAUUUGUACUGUUGAACUCUGGAGAAUAAACAAGAAUUUGAUGCAUCAAGCAUUGCAAAUAAAUAAUAGAAUAUAAAAUUGUCAUGUGAUGGCAAGCAUUGUUCUUUGCUUUAAAAAUUCAUGAUUAAUAUGACAAUGUGAAACAAAUUUAACAGUACCCUAAAUUGUUUCUCUUUUUUGAUGAAAAAUACUUUUUUCUGUUUUUCCAACCUUUUUUGUUUCUUGCUCUUCUCUUAGAACAUUCUGUAAAGAUAUAGAACGGAUUUUUAAUGUUAUUUUAAUUUAUCCUUUCAUCUGUUUGUAAUGAAGGUGAUGAUGUGACAUUUUGAGGGUGAAUGAUUCUGAUAUACACAUUGUAUAUGAUGAAAGAUAAAUUGUGAAUUUGAAUAAGUGAAAUUGAAUAAAUCAUCACUUAUUCAAUUUGCAAAAUGAUAUUUAAAUUUUGCAUGCUUUCAAUUGUAUGUUUAUGUGCAUGGAUUUGAAUAUUUUAACAGAAUUGUUCCAAAUCAUCAGUCUUCUAUUUAAUGAAAUCAAUAAAAACAUAUUAGCAG